AUGCCCGAUAUCCCUACUCGGAACAUCUACGAUGAUGAUCAUUGGCUCGUGAACGAGUCAGAUAUUCGCGAACUGGUCCAAAGAUGCAUGGUCAUCAUCACUAUAAGAAGAUUCUCAUCCGUACUUGCCCGUCUUGGAGGACUAUUCGAUGCUAUCGUCGAAGUUGUAGUUGUCCAUCUCCUGUGGGCUCCAACUAUAGUAGCAGUAGAAGACCUCGACGACAACCCCGACGGAGGCGGCGGCGGCAGUCUGAUCCGUCGCCUCGUGGGUCGUCGAGAAGGCCAAGGCGUGGUAAUGAGGACCAUGAUAAUGGGGUGGGGACGAUGUGGCAGUUUGCCGGGGUACCUCUUCCGGAGAUUCGCUUCAGCUGAAGUAGGCGAGUCGAGUUUUGCUGUGUUCAUCAGCGCUAUGAGGAGUAGAAAGCUCACAGAUGAGAUGGCAGUAGAGUUAACAGAGGUAUUGAGGUCAGACGAAAGGAAGUUGGCGGACCCCUCAGGGGCUUGUCUGGCUGCUGCCAUGAUUCCUCGAGCGUUCCUGGCGGUAGAGUUACCCGAUAUGGAGGUGGAGUCGAUGGCUAGCAUCACCAAGGUGGUUACUUUGGAGGAGGUCAAGACCCUGCUACAGGGGUUACUAGAGGAGGGGGAUGCUCAGCAGCUACGACGACGGCUAAGCAUGGAGGCUGCAGUUCGAGCAGUAGCAUAUCUGCGGCACAGUGGGGUGGAGGUGACGGAGAGAAUGCUAGAAGGCGUACUGCAGGUCCAUCAGGCGGCGUUAACGGCUGUGCUGGACGGAGAUAUGGAGAUUAAGGAGUUUCUCAAGGAGUUGGCUGAGUCGAUGAAAACGAUGAAGUACUUCUCGAAGGUCAAAGUGGCUCGUGAGGGCUUCUUGCCGUACUAUCAGCGAGCCGUGGCGGCUAUCACUAAGGCGGAUCAUACGUUCAUAUCGGGAAGAGUUCGCCUCCGUACCCCCCUCAGAGUUGGCACAGUUCCCACAGCUUUUGGAAAGGUCUUGGCUGAGGUGGCUCCGGUGGAGCUCGCCGCAGUGAUGGUCACUGAGCUGGACGAGACCAAGAUCCUCGGUGGGUUGAGAGAGUCGCAGUUGCCGUCUGUGGUGUCCGUAUGGAUGCAGCUAUUGGCUCUACCGGGGGGUCAUGACUCCCGACUGCUCCGUCUAGCAGAUUUGAUAGCAAGCAGUGAAAGUGCGACACUGGGGGAUAUGUGUCGGGCGUGGGCUGCCUUAGGAGCUUGUGAUGAGACUAUUGUAACUUCUACGAUGAAGACUUUAUCUGGGAGGAUUAAAACUAAGUUGUCAAGAGAGCUCGAACCGAGGCAUGUUAGGUUGAUGUACGAUCAGUAG